CAAAAACUUGCAAUGUGCACUCGGACAACGUUAAAAUAAGGCUUUACAGGCAACAAAACUACAACAUGAAAUCCAAUUUCCGGCUGUCAGCUGAUGAGUUCACUUCACACCGCUUUCCAAUAGUUACCUUAUUUUCGAUUUUCGCGAAGAAAGAAAACGUCAGGCCAUUCAACAUGGGCUUGAAAUAUGCGAUCAAAAGCUAGUUAUAGCUAAAACAUUGCUCUAAUUGUAGUUUUAUUGUUAUUAUAGUUUGAUUUCUUAUGUACGUUGUGUAACUUUAUAGUCGAAAAUGGAUACGUUCUACAGAGGAUACAUCGGAUAUGGCGUUUGUUGAUCAUUAAAAAAUUUUGUUCGUUUCAUAGUUUUUCUUUUUAAUUAAUGUCUGUAUUAAUUUUGUGAUCGUUCGUUUCGUUCGUGUUUACGUGUUUGCAAACAAAAAUGGUAAAGGAGAAGCCUAAUUCGAUAAGGAUAUAUGACGACGAGGGUUUUAGGCGACGGGCGGCAUGUAUUUGCGUGCGUUCAGAUGCCGAAACAGAGGUCCUGCUGGUGACGUCUUCGAGACGGCCCGACAACUGGAUUGUGCCGGGCGGGGGAGUAGAGCCGGAAGAGGAGCCUUCUGUCACUGCGAUGCGGGAGGUACUUGAGGAAGCCGGAGUGAUCGGGAAACUAGGACGAUGUCUUGGAGUAUUCGAGAACCGAGAACACAAACACCGAACAGAGGUUUAUGUUAUGACUGUGACCCAAGAACUACCCGAGUGGGAGGAUUCAAGACUCAUGGGACGUAAGAGGCAAUGGUUCUCCAUUGAUGAUGCCCUGGCUCAGCUCGCCCUUCACAAGCCAAUCCAGCGUCACUACCUUCAACAACUGCGUCGUUCCAAACAGAACAAGCAAGAUGACCAGACUACGUAUAACCUUCCCAGUUAGUGUUUUCAAAAGGUUGGAGGAGAUUCACCUCCCCGUCUGCUAACAUGGACAUAUUGCACUCUCGACUCCUGCGCUUAGGAUAAGAUAGCCCGGACUGAAUCGCUAAGCGCUUGAUGCGCUAGCAAUUUGCGCUUAAAACUCUCGAAAAGCGUUAUUGGGCUUCACGAACAUAACGGCGAUCGCUAAACACGUAACUCUAACAACUACCCUCCUUAUUUUUAUUUUAUUUUUACGUAUAUUUUUAUACUAUGAUGGAAUAAAUAAUUAAUUUAAUUUUUGUUAGCAUUAAAACGAAAAGACAUACGCUCUAUUAUUUUUUCAAUUGAUUCGUUUCGGUGUUGUUCACGAUUUGAAAAUUAUUGAUCGAUUUUGUAAAAAAUAUAUUUGAUAAUGCUCAUUUUUUACUUUGAACGAUAAUGGUCAACCCUCAUGUUAUGCUUGGACUUCAAGCAGAGUUUAUACUUAAAAAUAAUUCUCUCCAAUUAAAUUCAUAUAAAGACUAUUUUUGUAUUAGCUUUGCAAUUAUUUAAACAAUAAAUUAAAAUAAAUAGGAAGAUUCGAA